UCCAUACACUGUGCUAAUAAAAUAACGAAAAAAAAAAAUCAUAGCGACAUUAAUAAUAAAACGAAGCUAAAGGAAAGAAAGAAAAAAAUGAAAAGAAAACAAUCGCCUCGACCGAAGUAAAUCAAAAUCAUUCCGUACUCUGUGCGCCAUAUAAUAUUGCAAUAUACAUAUAUGUGUAUAGUGCAGAGAAGGUGAAAAAGAUGGAUUGCUGCAACUACGUGCAGCCUUACAACAGUGGCACCGGACACUUUUACCAUCAACAAAAUCAUUUCUAUUAUGAAAAUAUGAACGCGUACGCGUCCUACAACGGCAGCAUGACUCCGGGAUCGAAUGCGAUCGAAACAAACGUCCGAUACAAUCGACUACCACCUGCAUAUCCGACAGAUUACGUUUACAACCCGAAAGAGGCGAGGCUGCGAAAGGCGAUGAGGGAACAAAGCAGGGAGCUUUCGCGGCAGUCGAUUCUCCAGACGGCGAUCGCCUCGGCGGCUUCGAGUGGAAACGGAUCGGGGAGCGGAGCCGUGACGUCUUCGAGUUUCCUGAACCACCCCCUGAGCUGUUCCUCGUCCUCGACGGGAGGGACGGCUUCGCCCCUGCAAAACGGCAGCCCGUCGGUGAAUUCCGGGCGUAUUAUCAACCCCUGGUUCCCCGUCGGCCCUGCCUCGUCGUCGGCGCAUUUAAAACCCAUUAUCUCGCCGAGGAUGAUGGCGGCACACCAACGGACUUUGGAAAAGACCAAGGAGGCGAUGCGGAAGCAGGUGGAAUGCGCGGCUUCCGGUGUUUUCUCCUCCGGAGGUGCGGCCAACCCCUCAUCGGGUUCCGGGUACCCCGGAGAAUUUGGGAGUCGCAAUUCCCCCGCGACUAGUGCCAACGAUUACUGCAUCAUCGCCGAGUUUGGAGAAGGCCAGAAGUGGCAUCCUUAUCAGAACGGAGGGAAUCCUUAUCACGGUCGAGGAGGAGCCGCGAUGCCAAAGGUGGGCCUACAUCCGAACGCAAACGUUCACGGACCUUGGACACAGUUCUGUGGUCUCCCUCUGCAGACGUCGGCCGUUCAGAACCCGGUGAUACGGCCAUCGAGACAGAUGGUUUUCCUCCAGGAACAACAGAGUCAACACUGCAACGCCUUUACCGACGAAAUGCAAAUGUCCUACGUCCAGGCCAAGAUGGAACCAAAUCACAGGCUGCAUCUGGCGUAUUCCGGCCAAGGGGAUCCUCAGGUAAAAGCUUCCGUAUCGCCGGCGCAAAUGCAGCAACAUCAGCAACAGCAACAGCAACAGCAGCAACAUCAGCAUCGGCUCCAGCACGAGGAGGUUAACGAAUGCGGCGAAGCGUCUCAGGUUUGGGAUUCCGAAGCGACGGCUGGAUCAUCCUCUGGUGUGGCCGGCGUCUCGAAUAUCAUCGACGAUCAGACUCCUCAGGAUCAGGACGAGGAGGACGGUUCUCGGCAGACUAGCGAGGUCCGGGAAGAGGCGGCGAGGCAAAAGCCGAUAAACGGCAACAAGCAGCCGCUCCCGGGUUUCCACCAGGCGUUCGGCUCGACGGAAAUCGGCCGUUUCUCCAGGUCCGAAUUCUUCGCGAACAUGGUCGGCGACGGCAGCAACGUAAGUAGCAACAGAGGUAAUCCUCAGCAGCAGCAGCAGCGGCAGGUUUCCCCCGACUGCGAUUUGAAAGGCAACGCGAUCGGCCGAUCGUCGUCCGCUUUUUUCAACUCGCAACAAUCUAACCAUCAUGGCCCGGGUGUCAGCAGCUUCGGUAACAUAAAUAACUUUGGUAACGUCGCGCUUGCCGCCUAUUACAACGACAUACGAAGCCCCGCGAAUCCCGUCGUCGCGAACCCUCGCUGGCACAGUCCUUACGUUGGCGUUAUAGGUAGCGAAAUUUAACCGCGAAUGUUGCACGUUGUAGAUGCGCCGUAAUUAUACAUUCGUAUAUAUAUAUAUAUUAUAUAAAUUAUAUUAUAUACAUAGGUAUAUAGUGAAUUAUUCCAAUUGUUAUAUGAAAUUCGUAUACUACUAUUACCAUUAUUAUUAUUAUUAUUAUUAUUAUUAUUAUUGUGAUUAUUAUUGUCAUUAUUACGGUCGUUGUUGAUAUCAUUAUCAUUAUUAUUGUUAUUGUUGUUAUUAUUCUUACCAAUGCCAAUAUUUUCAUCAUCUUACAUAUGUUGUGUACGUAUGUAUAUACGAUAUAUUAUUUAUAUACUUAUAUAUUAUGAUAUAUGGGUGAAUAUCGAU